AUGGCAUGCGACAUAGUCCCCCUCAUUCUUGAUAAUAAACCCAUUAUUACAACAGACACCUUUGACGUCAUCAGCCCAAGCACUGGGGAAGUGGUUCACAAAUCCAGCGCUGCUUCCGUUGCAGAUGCUGUUCGUGCGGUUGAGUCUGCGAAGGUGGCGUUUAAGACCUGGUCGAAGGUUAAACCCACAGCUCGUCGAGAUCUCCUGUUACGAGUCGUCGGGAUAUACGAACGACGCAAAGAAGAGCUGAUAGGAUAUGCGCAAGAAGAGACUGGAUCCACUCGUUUCUUCGGUGAAAUCAACUACGGGAUCGGAUUCGAUCUGCUGAAGGAUGUAGCAUCAAGGGCCACCACCAUAGAGGCUGGUACGGUGCCAAUCCUGAAGGAAGAAGGCCAGAGCGGCAUAGUGUAUAAAGAGCCAUAUGGGGUUAUUCUCAGCAUUACUCCAUGGAAUGCGAUGCUUCUCUUGGGUCUGCGGGCGAUCAUUCUACCUCUAGCAGUCGGUAACACCGUGGUGCUUAAAGGUUCCGAACUGUCCCCGAAAUGCUUUUGGGCUCUUUGGGACGUCUUUCGUGAAGCUGGGCUUCCACCUGGUUGUCUUAAUAUUCUCUAUCAUCGGCCAGCAGAUGCAGCCGAUGUCACGACAGCAUUGAUCGCACAUCCAGCUGUCCGAAAGGUGAACUUCACCGGCAGCACACACGUUGGAAGCAUCGUUGCUGCCACUGCUGGGAAAUAUAUCAAACCAGUGCUGCUCGAACUCGGAGGAAAAGCGAGCACAAUUGUGUUGGAUGAUGCGGAUCUGAAGAAGGCGGCGGAUGCUUGCAUCUUGGCCGCAUUUUUGCACGGCGGCCAAAUCUGCAUGGCCACCGAGCGCAUAAUCGUCCAACGACCCAUCUUCGAUGACUUCCGCAACUACCUCCGCGAAGCUAUGGCUGCGAGCAACUUCCAGGCAGCACAAAUCCUCGUCAACUCCGCAGGUGUCACCAAAAACAGGAACCUUGUCUCGAACGCUGUGGCCAAAGGUGCCAAUAUUGUUUUGGGUGAUGAGAUCAGCAGUGAAGAAAUCUCAAACACGAGGAUGCGCUCUGUCAUGCUCGAGAAUAUAACCCCAGACAUGGAUAUCUAUAAGACUGAGUCGUUCGGGCCUACCGUAUCACUCUUCGUUGUCGACACAGACGAGGAAGCUAUUCAACUCGCGAAUGAUACUGAAUAUGGACUUACUGCGUCCGUGUUUACGGAGAAUUUGGGAAGGGGCUUACGGAUUGCGAGACAGUUGGAAUCUGGGGGCGUGCAUAUAAAUUCUAUGACCAUCCACGACGAACCCAGUCUCCCCCACGGUGGUGUAAAGAGCAGCGGCUUUGGCCGUUUUGGUGGCGCGAUUGGAUUUCAUGAGUUCCUGACUACCAAAUCUGUUACGUGGGUCGAUUAA